UUCAUGAUUAUGUUUGAUGACAUUUUUUAAUUUUCCAUUGCAGGAUCAUUUUCUAGAGUUCAUCUCAUUUCUAUCUGAGGAAGAUAAAGACGACUUUAUAUAUUUUAAUACUUGGAGGAACAAUAAUCGUUUAGGCUGUGGAAUAAUAAUUGAUAGUAUUGAGAAGUCAAAUAAUUCUAAAUGUGAUAAAUGUAAUCAACCCUUAUCUCUCGACAACGAAAAACAGGAAAAAAUUGUUGCCACGUUUGUACCCGCUCUCAUUGACGAUACAUCUUUUUCGCCUGAUCAGAGUUCUCCAAAUGAAUCUCUUAUAAUUCCCUUGUUUUACCAUCAGCGCUGCUUCUCGUGUGUCGAGUGUAAAGCGUCUCUUAGUUAUCUUUCCAUAUUUUAUUUUGACGACCGUUUAAAUUUAUAUUGCGGGAGGCAUUUCGCCGAGUUGUACAAGCCUAGAUGUGAAAGCUGCGAUCAAUUGAUAUUUUCGACCGAAGCCAUUAAAACGAAAGGUGGCUUUUUCUGGCAUCUGCAACAUUUUUCUUGUUCAUCGUGCUACACAUCAUUGUAUCAAGGGGACCAACUAACAGGUUACAACCUCUCUAAUAAUACUAACAGCGAUCUCAAAGAUACUCGGCUACUCUUAUGCCAAAAUUGCCACGAAACCGAAAAUUAUAUCACUAAUAAAAAAAUACCCAUGACUGAGCCAUGUAAUAUAUACGAAAGUAUUCGCGAUUUAAGGGAUAAAAAUAUUGCCAACCUUGGGAAAAAAUUUGAGGGAUUAGUUUUAGACUAUUACGAUAGCGAAAGUCUUAGUAAUCAUUCUGAUCUUAUCAACUCCUACCAAACACGCCAUUUUAUUGCAGACACCACCAAAUUUGGUAACGAAUGCGAUAAUCAUCAUUGCAGCGAUUAUUAUAAUCGCAUUAAAGGUUCUGGAGACUCUUACGCCAGCCAUAUCGACGCCAAAUAUUCCAUGGACAAUCCCCUUUUGGAAUCAGUAAAUGAUAAUAAUAUCGAAGAUUCAGACGAAAGUGGCUCCGUUGAUUUGAAAACAGUUACAGUUCACGAUAUUGACGAUAGUUCGUGUACAUCAUCGAUAGAUCAAAUUAUCGAUGAUAAGGAUAUUUCCAAAAUAAAGAAAGGCAAAGGGCGCCACAAACAUGUCACCUCUAAAUCUAUUUGCAGUACUUGUUCUUCUGGAUCUUCUAUUUCUGAUUUUCGGGAUUAUUGCCAAUUUUCUUCCUCCUAUUUUAUGCCUUCCAUUUCUCAAAAAUCUGAUGAUAUGAUGAUCAACCUUUACAGAGCGAAUUUUAAAACUUCACUCAAGGAAGAAACGGCUGAAAUAUCAGGAAAAUUAGAGAGUAAUAAUCGGUUCGUCGAAUCAAAAAAUCGGAGAAAUUUUUUUUUACGUUUAUUACCGAAGAAAAGGAAGAAAAUUACGAAUGAUUCCAAUACUUUUUUCUCCAAAGCUAACGAUAACAUAGAAUUGUCUUCCAGUUACACUUAUUCCUGUCCUCUUGAUUUAUCAGCUGAUGUUAUAAGUAGCACAUUAACCUCGCCAGAGACGAAGUUCGGACUCGAAAGUAUAGCAGAAAUUGACGAAGAACUCUACCGGGCUAAAGCCUCUUUGAAAACUACAGAUGAGUAUGAUAAGAACGUUCGUUUUAAUAGUGAGAAUUAUAAUAACUAUCUUAAAGAUUUAGAUAGCGCGAAAAACACUUUAGACACAUGCAAAAUCUCUUGAGAUAAAUGAAAUAUUAAUUAAAAUCGUAUUAUUUCGAUACCGAUCUCAUUUAUUUCCAUUGUGUAAAUAUAUCAUUUAUAAUAUAGUUUAA